GUCUUCCUCACCCAAAGGGCCCCGCAUCCGGAUCCCAGAGUCUGGCCACAAGGAGAAAGCGGCAUCACUUCAGCAGCUCAUGAAGAUAAACAGGGAGUUGCUGAAAGGCGUGAGAAAGCUGCUGCUCGCUUCAGAGAUCGACCUCAGUCCUGGAAUGGGCGGGGGCCUUAUCUCACCCGACUCGGAGCCUGACAUGAGAGAGGUUGGACACGCGGAUUCCUGGGUGAGGCACAGCAGAAGCAGCCAGAGCAGCCUUGGAUUGAUGGAAAGGGGUCCAUCCUCGCCAACAGUAGCAGCAGCCACUCUGGCUGGAGGAGUCCGCGGAGGUAGCUCUGCAACACCAACGCCUGCUCAAGGACUGCAAUCUCGUGACAUUCGCGAGUUGUGA